CAUCUGUCUGUAGUCUGCCAGGCUCCGCAUCGUCACGACCGGCUUUCUCUCCUUCUUUGUUUCCUCCCGACUGUGUCCGAGAGAGAGAGAGAGAGUGUGUGUGUCUUCGUGUGAGGGUCUGACUGUGGGCGCGGGCGUGCACGGAGCACGACGAGAGGUGUCAAACCCAGUCUAGAACUAGUACCAGCACUAGCGCGUACGGACCUGGUCCGAUUUCAUCAUCAUCAUCAUCUUCUUCUUCUUCUUCAUCUUCUUCUUCUGCUUCAUCUUCAUCAUCGUCGUCAUUUUCUGUCGUUGUCGUCGUAGAUCGACAUUCAAUUGCCUGCGAGGCUAGAGGGAACCCAGUUCAGUUGGGGAAGACUCAAGUUACCGAUACUCACGAUCGAAGGUCUACGAAGCUCCAGAGAUUUCGUUUCUGAAUCAGUACUUUGCGUUGCUCAGCUUGCCCGGCAGUUUUUCUCGAGAGAAAGAGAGAGAGAGAGAGAGAGCUCGAGAGCGAUAGAGUGAGACUUGUCUUUCUACAGGAAGUCUGAGGAACAGAUUCCGGCGACUGCAACUGUCCAACCCCUCCCUUUUGCCCCCACUUCAGUCGAAAAUAUCGUCGAAGACAGAAGAACAUAUUCAUCCGGGGCGAGUGUCACAUCGACAUCCGCUUGCUCUCUGUCCUCGUGUCUGUAUGUGUGCUCGUUUGUACAUGUAUAUAUGAUUUCCCACUCCUCAGCUCCCUUGACCACCGACCGAUAGGAUUCGUCAACCAUCAAUCAUCAUCAUCUGCAUCCGCGAGCUCUGUACCAUAUACUCCAUACUUAUACAUAUAUAUACACAUAGCAUAUAUGUAUCUCCCGUAUACCUUAACCCGAAUAAACAAACUAUUGGAUUUGUAUAUACUCAGCCACAUCAAUUAUCAGUAGGUCGUGCCGUGCCUUCGCUCGGAGGAAGGUGGAAGGAGGCCCUUGUAUGUGCUCGGGUCUGAGCCAAGUGUGUGCGAGCGUGAACUGUUGAUAUAGAUCCAGCGAGCGGCACUAGUGAGUGCAGCAGGACGGCGUCAUCUGCUACCAGUGUAACCAGAAGCAGCGGGCCACGAUGCCGGAUGACAUAGCGAACUAUAAUUUUCAGGAUUUCUGUACUAUACCGAAGGUGGAGGUGGUGGACGAGCGCGAUGACGGCAGCAUCAUGGGGUCACGACUGCCACCGGGUUUCCGAUUCCAUCCGACGGACUUUGAGCUGGUGGAUUACUAUUUGACGAUUAAGGUCAAGAACAACCAGUGCCAUUUCGAGGCGAUCGAUGAGGUGAACUUGAACAAAUGCGAGCCCUGGGAUCUGCCCGCCAAGGCCAAGGUGGGCGAGAACACCUGGUACUUCUUCAGUCUGCGCGAUCGCAAGUACCCCACAGGAAUGCGCACGAAUCGGGCAACCGAUGCCGGCUACUGGAAAGCCACGGGAAAGGAUCGGGAGGUCAUGACACCAAACAACGACAGGCUCGUGGGCAUGAAGAAAACUCUGGUUUUCUACACAGGCCGUGCUCCCAAGGGCGAGAAGACGAAUUGGAUCAUGCACGAGUACAGAAUCGAGGGCGAAUCGUCUCCUGUCACGGAGUGGGUUGUGUGUCGAGUGUUCAAGAAGAACGCUGCUUGCCGCAAGAGCGCCAUGGAAUGCCAUCCUGGUGGGUCUAACUACCAGCUGGAACUCGAUGAGCCCGAGGGCAAUUUCGAUCAUCAGGCGGGCACGUAUCUGCCAGCUCUUUUGGACUCUCCGGGCCAUCAUCAUUCCCAGCAGGUUCCGAGUUCUCACAAGCCCGGUUACGGAGGCUUCAGCGGCACUCCUAGCUCUGCCGAGUACCAUCAAGGAGGCGGAGCUACCUAUCAUGCUCAUCAUGAGUUUGAACAGCAGCAGCAGCAGCACGACUUAGGACAGAAAUUGCAGAAAUCGAAAAGCUUUAGUCUCGCCGAUUUCAGCACUUUCACCAACUGGGCUGUGAGGAGGGACAUGCAAGUCGCUGACACUCUCGAGAAUCUGGUGGGAAACUGGGACGCAGCAGGACCGGAGUCGUCAAAUAAUUCGGAGGAGUGGAUCUGGGAUCCUCCAGCAGGUUAAAACCUCUUGUACAUUUGUAAAAAAAACUUUGCCCUCCUAUCUGCAUGAAAAGUCAUGAUUCAAGGCUUGAUCCAAAAACCUCUCACCACGUCGUCUCUGACGACCGGCCCACUCAGCCCAGGCCAUGCCAUCUGCAGCUCUGGGUGCAUGAUCGUUGCUGUCAGGACGUCGGCUGCGAUUCAAGAUGUUGUUGUUCAGGAUCAAACAACGAUCGAGUUCAUCGAGAACAACUCUUGGAUUCUAUUGUUUCUGCGGCCUAACUUCCUUUCUGGCAUGGUGGCUUGCACGUGCUACGCGGGGGAUCGAUAGGCUCUGAAGGCCCUCAAAGGGAGAUGAAUUGGUGUCAACGCUUGCCACCAUAUCAUCUCAUGGUGAGAUCUUGGACGGUUUAUUUCUUUGUACAUUUAGCAGCAGCUCGAGGCCGAAAGGGAUCAGUAAUGAGCAGCUGUUCGGUCACGCGUGUUCACGCGUUGACUACUCAGGAAUGCAUAUCAGCGGUUCGGUUCGCUCGACGGCUGCAAACACGAGCUUCAGCAGAACUGGCCUAAGAUCUACAGGACACCUGCCUUGACAAUUUCUUCGUUUCCCACACUGCCCUGCACUUCACAGCACGCUACGGCUCCCUUGCGAGUCAGUUCAACCACUUGUGCUCAAUGACGAACGUGGUUUGAAAGGAUUUCACACUGGACGAUCUUUUCAUGAAAAGAUCAGAAGGCUUAGUGCUGGAUUUCAAUUUCUCGAUCGUGCGUUGAUUGUUCGUGGACUGGUCAUGCAAUGUCGACGGCCGGGCGCCACCAGUCUUUCUCCAACUCUCGACUUACUUCAUUUGAUGAUACAGUGUACAUAAAAUUGGAUUUAUUCAUUAUCCGGAUCAAAGCAGGUCUGCUGCGAUCCAGGCUCCUUCCAUUAGAUAGUCAGCACUACUCACCUAGCCAGCCAGAUUCAGUGUCUCAGAUUCAUAGAUAGGUAGAUAGUUAAAUGUACAAUUGACGCUGUCGCCCGGCGUGUUCACAUAGAUUGUUCAGCCCGGAACCAAAUGGUCUUCAUGUAGGUAAUUAUAGACGACACCCAACUGCUGGCUAGGCGCUUACUGCUUGUAGAUACUUUGCUUUGCCUUUUGUACACACUUUGACACAGUGACGAUCACCUUUUCCAUGGUUCUCCGGAGAAUAACUAGUACAGUUUGGAUUGAAGAUCCCGCACCGACUUUCCAAUCCUAACUUUUACUCCAUUUGUCUAUAGAGAGUCUGCUGCAAUGAUGCUGCAGAUUUCUUCAGCUCUGGUAUAUUAAUAUCACAGAAUAUAUUGACCUACGUAUGUUUCUAUAUAAAUAAACUGCCGAUCUCCACAGUUUCAUACCUGAUGGUACAUCUGGCCAGCCGU